CUUAAAUGUCUCGAUUUUGUGCUAGAAGAGAGUUUAAUUUGGAAUACUAUUCAAAGCUUAAUGGAUUGGAGUAAAGUUUUUUUAGGGAAGAGAUUGAAACAAAGGAGUUGUUGCAAUUGAUAUUAAGGAUAGCUGAACUAGUGGAACAUUUCGAUUUGAAAAAAGAUCCUGUAAAGGGUUACUUUUUGGAGAAAAUGCAAUAUAUUCUUUCGAGACCUUAUACACUUAAUAAUUUAAAAAAGAGAGAGGAUGAGAAUACAAUCAACAAGGAAAUGAAAAAGUCACGUCACUCUCAUUUCUCUUCGAAUGUUCAAAAGUUGGAAAUGCAGUCACUCUUAUAAAGUAACUCUGAAGAUAAUGAAGGAACAAUAAAAUUAUUAUAAGAAGUAUGUAAUUAUUAAUAAUAAUAAUUAUAGGAUUAUGAAAAAUAACUAAACGAUUAAACAUUGUUAGUUUAGAUGGACUUGGACAAUCAGAUGGGGGUAAUUACGAGUAAGUUGAGACACCGAAAGAACAAAAGCAUGUUUUCUCCUUCCAAUAGAAUGAAUAGUUAAGGGGACUAGUAGAGAAGGACGAUGAGAUAAAACACUUGUUUAAGUAGCGGUUCGAGAAAUUCGGAUAGAGGACAGAUUAAUCAUGAUGAUAAUAUUUGUUAAAUUCUGACAAUACCAAAUCAAUGA